CUCGUCUCGCCCAUCCGGACUGGCUGAUGCCUUUUCUCCCUCGUCCACGGAUACACCCGGACUGUCGGUCUUUAUCACCUUCUACCUCUGGAUCAUGUCUCUAUUUUGUUUCUUCCUUCAGAAAUCAUUUGUCUUCACUGCGUCGAUCUAGGUAGUUCUCUCGUUUCAACCGCCCCACCAUUCCGUCGAGGGUUCUCACCAUGUACGACGACCACCGCGACGAGGAACGGGGUGUCUUCGUCCCACCACCCUUGACGGACGAAGAGAGCGCUGGCGAUCCGGAUGCUCCGGACGGUCUGCUCCCCGAAGAGGCCGGCAGCGAAGGAGGGCUGCGUCGACUACCGAUCUGGAUACAAGAAUCAUCCAAGUCAUUUCGCUGGGGAUGGGUACCGCUGCCGCUCAGGAAAGCUGGUCGCGCGGUCGUGCGCUGGGUAAAGGGUCCAGAGCCACCGCAUGAGCUGCUCUUCAGGCCUCUGUUCCCCAACAUCCAGGCAUUGCCGGUCACCUACUUCGAACGACUCUUCCCGAAACGAAAACAAAAGAUCGCUGUGCUACUCUUUCUAUAUUUCUCGUGGUUUUUGUCGUGGUUUCUGGUUCUACUGCAUUCCGCCUCAUCCGGUUAUAUUGAAGGAUACGGCAGGCCGCAGACUCUGUCCUGCUCCGCAAGCUUCUGGUCCUAUGGCAAUAAAUGCGGCCUCAACGGAAAUGACUGCCGUCCAUUUUCCGAAUCGACAUUGGCCUUCCGCUGCCCAGCAAAUUGUAGAGCGCUGAAACUGCUCGAACCUCAUACAGUGGGAAACCAGACCCUCAACUAUCAACCGUUAGUUGUCGGUGGGCCAGAGCCAGAAUCUCCUGAGCAGGGAGUCUACCGCGCCGACAGUUUCAUCUGUCAGGCGGCUAUCCAUGCAGGUGCCAUAACCAAUACCGCUGGCGGAUGUGGUGUGGUGAAGCUGGAAGGCGCUGCGCAUUCGUAUCCCUCUGUCGCCCGUCAUGGCCUGCAGUCGGUCGGAUUCCCAUCGACCUUCCCGAAGUCAUUCAGUUUCUUAAAGCUUUCCGGCUCGCAAGCGGGCUGCCCGAAGGACCCCCGGUGGCCUCUUCUAGGCAUUACUAUCACAGCAAUAGUCUUGAUAGCGUUGUUUACGACCUCACCGCCCGUCUUUUUCUUCAGCACGUUCUUCAUGCUAUUCUUGCAUGUUGGUCUGGUGUCAGAUCCACCGAAUCUGCCCAGUUUGACAGAAUUGUUUUCACUGCUGCUGGCUCGGCUCCUACCGGCCUCCUUCGUGGCCUACGUGCUGUACAUGUACUGUGCUCGUCCACUGCUGACGCCGUUGUCCUCUCCAGCAUACCAGCUCAGCAAGACGCUGCUCUAUCUCCCUACUGCAUUUAUCGGCGCACUGAAUAAUUAUACAUUCGCUGUGCUGAUCCCGAUCCAGCGACUGACGCCUCACGACAUUCGCGAACAACCAGGAGCCAAAGCAGCACUGGGUAUCAUGAUAACGCUUGUGGUUUCAAUUAUUCUCUCUCAGGCAUGGCAUAUUCGUCAAGGUGGUCUGAUGCCCCGUUAUCUGGCGAUAUACGGUUCGAUGGGAACCAUAAUACUCAUCCUGCUCGCCUUGCCUGGCCUUCGCCUCCGAAUUCACCAUUACAUCCUUGCUAUCCUAUUGAUGCCUGGAACUGCUUUCCCCAUCAGACCAUCCGUGAUCUACCAAGGUCUGCUCCUGGGAUUGUUCAUUAACGGUGUCGCGCGAUGGGGGUUUGCAUCGAUUAUCCAGACCCCCGCUGCCUUGGGAGAGAUCCCGUCGAGCACUGGAGGCUCCAACGGCUGGUGGGGCGCCACAAGCCCAAACAUCACCCAUUCAUCCGUCCACAUUUCUCUGCCUCGCAAUACUGAUCCGAGGCACCAUGGCAACGGGAACAUCACAUUUGCGCUCUGGGAGCAUGAAAGAAUGGCCGAACUCGGAGUAGAUGGGGUUAGCGUCCUUGUCAACGAUGUCGAGCGCUUCCGCGGUUACCUGGAUGAAGACAAGCGGGGCGAAUUCACCUGGCACCGCCACGGCCAUGAUGGCCUGGAACUCCCUGGUGUGCUUAUGCCUGUCGACCGCGAGGACGAUUCCUUCGACAGGCAGAGCGACGAAGUAAAAGCAGAAAGCCAGAGAGCAGACGACGAACCAGAAGAUCUCUUCUUCCGAUUUGCAUUCCUACGAGGAGCCGAGGCAGGACUUUACGGCGGAACGGGUGUUUGGUUAAGAGAUGGACGGUGGCUUCCGCCACCUCCUCCUAAGACAUAGAGAUAUAUUUAGAGAGGCGUUGAGGGAAUAUGGAUCGAAUGCCUAUCGAUAUAGAUCAGAAAGCGUUGUAUAUGGCCUGAUGUCUUGGACAGAUAUAUACCCUGGGAUCCUUAGUGAUAUGGCCCCGUCUUCCUUGUUUUGUGUUUGCUCUGUGAGUAUCAAGUUGGUUAUUUGGUUACUGAGCUAUCCACUACGUGGGUGAGUCAACGUCGUUAUGCCUGCUGUUGAAUAGGUCUAUGGCUUUUUAGUUUUAAAUGAACCACGAUCGAUCUUUGCUCUUUCAUGACUCAAGGUUCGUAUUCUGUUGUCGAUUUCCGGUCUGAGACUG